AUGUCCUUGAAUGGCCUUGAUGAAGUCGCGGUUGCCGAAGCGCACCAGACUGCGUUGGCAGAAGCUGGAGGCUGGUUUUUGCUGAGAUACAUCAAUCGCGACACGGUGGAGUUGUUGAAGAAGGGCACCGGAGGGAUCCAAGAAGUGAAGAGCGUGAUAGAACAGUAUGAAGAAAAGUCACCGUUGUAUGGCCUGCUGCAAUAUCGCCGCAAGAGGGUCAUCCUCAAAUAUGUGCCAGAGGGAACUUCGCGUCUGCUGCAAGUGCGGCUGACCGUGCAAUUUCAAUCAGUCCUGGAAGCCUUCUCACCGCAUGACACCGUCUUCUCCCUCACUGCAGCCUCCGAGCUGACCGACUCUGCACUGGGCCUAAGCACAAUGCUGCUACCCUCCGCCGCGUCGCUAACCUCAUCAAGCUCAUCGUUACGACGGCGCAGGCUGGACGAAAUCACCGAAGAUGCAGAGGAGACGACGCCGCCAGCUGAUGACACGGUCACAGGGCCUGCUACCUCGGAGGAGCCACUUACACCAGCCUACGGAAGGCGCGAACUCGAUGAAUUGCCUGCCAGUGCCGUCCUGGCAAAGGCGCUUUUGGCGAAGAGAAAGGAAGAGGCCGUGGCCACUGCAGCAGACACACAGCGUGAUUUUUUAGAACAGGAGAUACCUCGACUUCCAAGGAAGGACAGCCUCGCUCCGAGAGCUUUGGUAUCGGAGCCUCCGUCUCUGGACAAGUCCUUGCCCGCUACUCCUGAAUCAACACCGCCCGCGACGAGCGACAGCAAGCCUACCGCAGCCCCCGACUUCGAGGUUACAAGCAACAUCUUACUAGGUGCUACCGCAACGAUAGCCCCCGGCCAGACACGCACAGCUCACCUUCACAUCCAUCAUCUCUCCGUAGCCGAGUCGGACAGCAUCAGCCAAUGGAGUAACAACGUUGCCUCAUACGCGGCUGUCAAGCCGAAGAAGAAGAAGCUGGGUCCCCGGCCGCACGCCGAAGCUGACCAUCGCCCCAAAACAUCCGGCACUACUGAGGGCAUUGUGAACGUGCGGCCGGUCGCCAAUUUGCCAAACACUGUUCGUGUGAACACCAGAUCUGCCGUGGGCACUUCACUACGGCCCGGCUCUCAACAGUCCACCCGAAGUGUUCCUGGACGCUUCGCGCCCUCCAGCCACUCAAUCAAGGGCUAUCCACGUUUGCCCUCUUCCACAUACCUCGAGCCUUUACACUUAGCGAGUGAGACCCGGCCUACGCUGUCUCGACCUGCCUCUGUGACAACAGAAGUGUCAGCAGCGACUCCGGAAAAGCUGAGGUUGAUGAAAGCCCUGCAGUUGCGGAAACGAAACAUGCUGUUGGCGCAAAGAGCCUCAUCAGUAGCGUCCCCGGCCCCCUCAAAUGCACAUACUCACAACCGGUCUGACUCAAGCGUCAGCACAUAUGCUACAAGCAGCCAAUUGACGUCCAUCCCAAGCCAGGAACAACUCUUGAAUAUCAACGAGGAAUCCAAAACGGCUCACUCACCAACCACCACGUCGCCAACAUUCAUGACGAACAUUUCGGAAGAGCCGUCAACGGAGGCAUCUUCAUUUAUGGAACACGACGAUGUCUCUCGCAAGCGUCGGUCAUUGUCCUCGGCGACAAGCUCGUCAAUUACUCCCAAACCCGUUGAGAAUCAAACGAAAUCGACCGAAGCGUUGGAACACGAUGGUUCUGCAAGCGUGGCAGGGUUGGAGAUGCUCAGCACUACAGAUGAUCAACAGCAUCGAACUGUCACUAGAGCGGCAUCAGCAGAGGUUGAAAAGCCCCUGGAUCAAGACGGGCCAUCUGCUGUCUCCAGUGAAAGCGAUCCCGCUCUGCUUAAUUGCGAGUAUGUAACAGGCAGCGACACAUCGCAACAGUCUUCGGAGUCUAUAAACGCCGGUAUUGCUGCGUCGUUGCCGAAGUCAGAAUCUACCUCCCAAGUAAGACACCUUGCAUCAACGCAGCCUUUGAGAAUCCUACCGAACGGUGAUACUUCGGCGUCAGAUGCAUCCGAGGACGAGUCACUGUUGGAGGAGCUUCAGAAUGCCACAGUACAUGAGGCAAAACCGGUUUCCGUGGCACGAUCGCCUGUGACUCCGAUAAUGUCGAUGGGAACUUCGGACAAGUUACGUGAGAUGGUCAGCAAAAAUUCGCCUCCUAGCUACCAUGCACGACGGAGUGCAGGCAGCACGCCUGACCGCACGAGAUCAUCUGGUAGUAUACGCAGCGUUUCCACAGCCCUUCCACAGUGGCCACCUGUGCAGGCAGAACCAGCUCUUGUGCCUCUCAGCAAGAAGCCUACUCUAGGAAGUGGCAUUUCCAGACGCAUCAAAGCCCUGGAGGUGCUAACCACAAAAGAUAUAAAUCCUCAACCUCCUCCAACACCAGUUCGGGAGGUUAGCGGCGGGCGAGCAGGAUUCUCCGCCUUCUUGAAGCGUUCAGCAUUUCUGCCGACUCAGCAAACUCCUAAUGCGUCCACUGAGACAUCUCCGCCGAGGAACCUGCCUUUGUCAGCGCCUCAGUAUGGUUCCGAUACUUCCAACAUGGCGUCAACGGUAUUUAGACGUCCUUCAAAUGAGGUCCACGGGUCCCUGCAAAAGGGCGAUACGAUCUCUGUUACAGCAAGGAUCGUUCGGGAUACCAGCAGUAAACGACCUCCCAUGUCACCUAGUUCGGGUUAUCAUACGCCUCUCAACCUCUUCCGGAGCCCUUUGAUUGUGGAGCAUGAGAAACACGAAGAACUCCCUCGAGAGAAGUCUUUCUCGUCUAUACAAUCUAUCACCAAGAGCCCGAACAAGACUGAUAGGGGCAGAUUCUCCUUUUCUUCCCAUCGAUCUGCUUCUCAAACUAAUUUGCCACACUUCGAAUCCAACAGUUCCAAAUUUUCACAUUCGAGCCCUCACAAAAAGCACGGUCCUCGGUCGGCCAGUGAUGCUGCAUCUUCUUACGAGGAGAAGACUAAAGGAUCGAGGACUAGUAGAUUAAUGAAGCGAAUGUCCAAUCUGACAUCGCCGCGAAAAAGUCAUUCGUCGAAGGAGCCGGCACACCCUAGCACAAUCCAAGAACAGUCCGAGCUGACACGGCACAAUUCGACAUCGGAAUCUCUAAUGCACGUAGUCGACAUCGGGGACGUCAAUGUACAGUUUCCCGAAUCCCUGCUGUGGAAACGGCGCUUUGUGAGGGUCGAUGAUCAGGGAUAUCUUAUCUUCUCUCCUCCUAUAACAGAUGCCAACAUGAAAAGUGUCAGUCGCAAGUACCAUCUCAGCGAGUUCGACCGGCCAUCGCUACCUGAUUUGGAGCGAGAGGAAAUUGCCUGGAGCGUCCUGCUUGACCUCAAAGAUGGCCGGUGUAUACAGUGUGCUUGCGAGGGCAGAUAUGCCCAAGAACAAGUGUUACGAAUGCUAGUUGAUGCUCAUAAUGCUUAUCAUCAGCUAUAUGGGAAGUAG